UGGACUCAUCCGUUCGGCGAGUACCGACAACUCCCGGACUUGGGAGCUUACCAGAUCGACGGUGCACCACUCACGGACGACAAGCGUGCGUACGCCGAGGCCGACGCCGUGAUCAUCCACCACCGGAGUCGCCAGUCUAAGGUCGAUCUGCCACCCGAGCCGCGGCCACAUGCGCAAAAGUGGAUCUGGCUGAACUACGAGUCUCCCUCGCACACACCCAGACUUGGCUUUUUGGGGUAUUUCAACCUCACGAUGAGCUACAGGACAGACUCGGACAUCUUCCUACCGUACGGUUACCUGGUUCCCCGUGAGCGCGCAGUCGCGGGUCCACAAAGCCGCUUUACGCACCCGCUACGUAGACCCUCCCACUCAGACUUCAGCCGGCCCCGUCUCGUCGCCUGGGUCGUCAGCAACUGGUCGGAGUCACACGCACGCGUGUCCCUCUUCUACAAGCUCCGCCGGUUCGUCCACAUCGAUGUGUUCGGACGCGUCGGUCGGCCCUUACAGAAGGGCAGCGAUAAUGUGGUGCAGCUGCUCCGACGGUAUUUAUUCUACCUGGCGCUGGAGAACUCGUUGCACACCGACUACAUCACGGAGAAACUGUGGAACGCAGUUCUGGCCGGUGCCAUCCCGGUGGUCCUGGGGCCGCCCAGGAAGAACUACGAGCGCUUCUUGCCCCCGGAAGCGUUCAUCCACGUGGACGACUUCGCCACAGUGCAGGAUCUGGCCCGGUACCUGCUGAUGCUGAAGAGCAACCCGGGCCUGAUGAGGAGGCACCUGGACUGGAGGGGGCGCUAUAGCGUGCACCGGCCGGUCUUCUGGGAACACUUCUGUUCGGCCUGCAAGGCUGUGAGGAAGAGCAAAGGCAGGACUGCUCUUGUCAAAGACUUGGCUGUCUGGUUUCACUCGUGAAAAAAACUCACUGUGACCUGGUUGAUCUGAAGGACAAUCUGAGAGACAAGACUCACUCUGAGUGACGGACUCACUGUCCACCUGCUGCUUUCAAAGUUUACAAAUGAAAUCUAUUUACACUUGAAAGACUUUUGAUUGUAUUAAAUUCACGUGCGUUUGAUUGUACUGUGAUAACUGAAAUGAAAUGAAGGUCACUGAAUUUCUCUGAAUGUCUUUCUGAUCACUUUACACACACAGGACCUUUGUCUUUUUCAAUUUCAUACCCCCAAGUAACCUAAAAAAAGCCCUCAAUCACAAAUUUGCCCCCUAAGCUUUUCAGCAUGUACAAUAAACAGCAGACAAACUAC